CUCAAUUUUUUCUUCUUUUCAAAAAAAACCUUUUAAUUUUUUUAUAUUUAAAUUUCUUUUUUUUUUGAAAAUGGGUAAUUUUCAAAAUCAACAAAAACUAAAAAUUUUUUUGAUGAUAUAUAUAUUUUAUUCAAGUAUACAUAGUAAAUGUAGAUGUAAUGGAGAAGAGAAAAAUGAAAAGAUAGCCAAUUUUGUGUUUGGAGAUUCAAUAGUGGAUGUUGGGAACAACAACUACAUACUAUCAUUGUCAAAGGCAAAUUAUGUGCCAAAUGGUAUUGAUUUUGGAAUGCCAACAGGAAGAUUCACCAAUGGACGAACCAUUGUUGAUAUUAUUGGGCAUGAGUUAGGGUUAGGGGCAUUUCCUCCACCUUACUUGGCUCCGACCACAAAAGGAAGUGUGAUUUUGCAAGGGGUUAAUUAUGCUUCCGGUGCUGGUGGCAUUCUUAACGAGACUGGCGUGCUUUUUGGUGGAAGGUUAAAUAUGGAUGCACAAUUGGAUAACUUUGCAAAUACAAGGCAAGAUAUGGUUGACAUGAUAGGAGAAGAAGAAGCCAUGAAAGUUCUUAACAAAGCAUUGUAUUCAGUGACAAUGGGUUCAAAUGAUUUUAUCAAUAAUUAUUUAACUCCUGGAUUUUCUAAGUUGGAGCAACACUUAGUCACUCCCCAAGCUUUCAUUAAUUCCAUGAUCGAUAAAUUUAGACUCCAACUUACGAGGCUUUACAAUAUGGGGGCAAGGAAAAUAGUAGUGGUAAAUAUAGGCCCAAUUGGUUGCAUACCCUACCAACGAGAUAUUAAUCCAACGGCUGGAAAUGAUUGUGUUGCUUUCCCUAAUCAACUUGCUCAAGCCUUUAAUACUGAGCUUAAGACUCUUGUUAAUCACCUACGCACCGAUCUCCCGGAUUCUAUCUUCGUUUAUGCCGAUUCUUACCGUGUUUUUACUCAUCUUCUCGACAAUUACCAAUCUUAUGGUUUUGAGAAUGGUGAUUCAGCAUGCUGUUAUGGGAGUGGACGUUUUGGGGGAUUAAUACCGUGUGGACCAACAUCAAAACUAUGCUAUGACAGAUCAAAGUAUGUGUUUUGGGAUCCAUAUCAUCCGUCUGAUGCUGCUAAUCUUGUUAUUGCCAAACGUCUUAUUGAUGGAGAUACUAAUGAUAUUUCACCUAUUAACUUCCGCCAACUUGUCAAUUCUUGAUCUUUAUUUUAAAACCUUACAUACAUGUCAUACGGAAAAAACUUAAUUGGUAAUCCGAUCCGUAAAUUAUCUAUUACUAUUAUAAAAAUAAAAUAUAUUUAUUAUUGAUUAUUUGGAUCUUAUUUAUUAAAAUUUAUUAAUUGUUGGUAGUUUACCUGGUGAGUAGAUAUAGCUAAGCUCUAUUUCAUGCGCUCUCACUCUUCUUCCAACAAUUGUUGUACUAGUAUUAGUCCAUUAAAACAAUAUUAUUAUUAUUAUUUGCUACGCUUUG